CAAUGAGAGCGGCGGUUGUUGCAGGGCCGGGAGGCGGCGUUGCCACAGCAGCGGCGGUCGGAGCGGAGCUGGAGCCGCAGCCCGAGCCCGAGCCCGAGCCGGCGGUCGGGGCGCGCCAUGGAGGGGCUGGAAGGUGAGGUUGCAGCGCAAACUGGAGAUCUGUUGCCAUGUAAGAUUUGUGGAAGGACUUUCUUUCCAGCAGCACUGAAAAAGCAUGGACCCAUUUGCCAAAAAACUUCUGCCAAGAAAAGGAAGACAUUCGAUUCCAGCCGACAGAGAGCAGAAGGAACUGACAUUCCCACAGUAAAACCUCUUAAGCCACGGCCAGAACCACCCAAAAAACCUUCCAACUGGCGACGAAAGCAUGAAGAAUUUAUAGCAACUAUACGAGCAGCCAAAGGACUUAAUCUUAAAGACGGUGGAAAACUCCCUCCACCACCUCCGCCAUCAUAUGACCCUGAUUACAUUCAGUGUCCAUAUUGUCAGAGGAGAUUUAAUGAAAAUGCAGCGGACAGACACAUCAAUUUCUGUAAGGAGCAAGCUGCACGUAUUACUAAUAAGGGGAAAUUGGCAGCUGAUACCAAAGGGAAGCUUCCUACUCGAACACAGUACAAACCUGCUGCUGUUAAGAAGAUGCCUUCUGUAGGAUCAACACCAUCACCAUCGUCGCGCUUACCACAGCCGAGUGGAAUUAGCAAAACUGUUGUAGGUGCCUCUUCAAGUAAAGCACUGCCUUCAUCUGGAUCCACUGGAAGUAAAAUUCAGACGUUAUCACCAGCUCAUAAAAACUCACUGGGAGUGGUGAACCCACAGGCAGGUAAGAUGGACAAGUUAGGCCCAGCACUGCACACUGGAAGAAAUGUACAAAGGUUUUAUGACACUGAUACAAAACCAGACAGUAACAACAAAAGAUCAAAUGAGUUCUUGUCUAUAAAGAAAGGCGCAGCAAAAGCCCGGACAUCAACCCCUCCUAGUGUGGCAAGAACCAUGAGCACGGGUGCUUUAGCAAACAAAAGAAAAACUAGCAAUUCAGACACUUACUCAAGGUCUGACGGUAAAAUUGGAUGUGACAGUGGAGACUGUGCAUCCUCAGUCAAUGGAGGAAGUUCAAAAAGCAGCGAAAGAAUUUCACCUGUACACUUAUCAAAGUUCUGCCAUGAAUGUGGAACAAGGUAUCCAGUGGAGUGGGCAAAGUUUUGCUGUGAGUGUGGAAUUCGAAGAAUGGUUGUGUGAACAUAUCCUUAAAAGCAAAAAGAAAAUGAGAAAUUGGAAGCAUCUGCUAUGUACUGUUGCAUGGAAAGCUAGAGCACUCCAGCCAGUUUGACUUCAUGCUGCAAACAUGUCUAAACAUCAUUUUGUAAUUUUCUGAGUGCAAUCUUCUGGUUACACAGUUAUUUAUAAAUGAAUAUAUAUACUGUAUAUAAAAAUAGUAGCUACUAAGACUGUGCCAUUCAAGGAAAUACUCUGUACUCUCUGUUGGAAAUCUUUAAAAUUAAGGUAAAGAAGUGUUAAGUAAUCUAGGUAGCAGAAGUGGUUCAAUGUUAUUUUUUUUUUUUUGUAAAGCCAACUAGACAAAGGAUUUUUUUAAAUCACAUAUGCAGGGUAAUACUUACCCAUAGGGAACUAGCCAUGAAGAACUUGGGCUUCAGAAGUUUCUCUGUGGAGGUAUUUCCUUCAUCUGUGACAGUAACUUAGAUGCUGUGUUCUAAGUGAAAACAACAUGAGCAACUCCUUAUAAAUUCCAAGUUAAUAGUGUAAAAAGUCUGGAUCUUUAAACUAUCUAACAGUAAUAUCCUAAUUGGACUUUCCAGUUACUUCCUAGGACUUUUUAAAGAAUCAAAGUGAAAAGACUACCUGAGAAUUUUCUUUGCAUGUAAGAAGACAGGCAAGAUUUGGCUUUUCAUGUUCUGUUUUUCAAGAAGAACAUGUUAAUAUUUUUAUCUAUUUAUAAGGGCAAAUAUCUUCAUUUUAUUAAGUUCCUUUUGUUCAGAAAUACUUGUCUUCCUCCUCCUGUGCUCCACCAUGACUAGCCUAUGUAAAAGUGUCGUGCUUCAUGUCUUUGUCUUGUUUCCAGAGGUCCUGCUCAUUUUUUUCUCUUCCCUCAUUUCCUGAAGGAAAGAUGAGGUCUAUGUUUAUCCUACCUAAAUGUUGAACUGUUAUUUUGAAAACAGCCUUCUUGAUGUAUCCAAUACCAAAAAAAAUAGUUCCAUAAAAAUGUAUGUUAUUAUAGCAGUAAAACUUGAUGUAAAUAGUGACUAUUUUUAUUCUUAUUCCUGUGAAAAUAACACAGCUUACGUAUGAGUGCAUAGUGGAGUAGCUGUGCUUCAUAGCUUUAUGUGUCAAUACCUGACAUGGGUUUUACUGCAAUUUUGUGUAUUCUUGGGCUCUGAACAGCAGCCUCUUGAAAUUAGUAACAGACUUCACAUUAAUUCUUGUGGAAGAAGGGUCAGACCUUGAAAGUUGUUGGGUUCACAAGCUGAAUCAUUUAUUUUGUAUCUUAAUGUAGUAAUUUGUUUUGUGAAGUUUUGCUUUGAAGUACUUGCACCGUCUUCAUAAUGCGUAAAAGAACAAUCUGAAACAACUCAACUGUGCCUUUCCUGCAGUAAAUACACUCUUUUUGUUAGAAAUGAAUACUUUCAGCUCACAAACACCAUUAACAUCAAUUCAUGUAAUUUCUUUGUAGCUUACGAAAAAUAGAAUGUAGUGUUCCAUGAUAGUAUUAUGGUCAUUGUUUGCAUUCUCAAAAACUGUGAUUGUUAUCAAUGGGGCCAAUUUAGAAGAAAACAUUAUUGAAGAAAAAUAUCUUCAAAGCACAUACCAGUCUUGGAGGAUGAGAGAUUUAAGAAUCUUGACGUAGUCACAUUGCAGGCCGCAAACUAUCGAUAUUUUAGAAUUUUAGUUCAAUGAUUGUCUUACACUUUUUAUACAAAAUUAUUUUUAGAAAUUAUCCUUAAUUCAGUGUAAUGUUAUAAUUGGUGUAAGAUGGCUGUUGAGCAUGGUAGGAUGGAUGACUUGUAAUGAUAGUUAGAACUGACUAGGCCAGUUUAUUUUCUAAGUAGUUUAGAUUCUGGGAUCUCUAUUAUGACAUAUUCAUAUCUGGACUUGGAAGAACUGGAAUUCUGCAUUCCUUUGCAUAGAUAAGCCUGCUUUGGAAAAGUUGUCCUGGACUUGGGCCAUAGAGAUCUGCAGACUGAACUAUUGCAAGCCGAGAGUCCAUCAGCAAAGAUACCAGUACAGAAUAGAUUUGAUCAUUUAGGGAAUCUACUCUGACUUGGUGAAUUUUCAGUUGAUUCCACUGGAAAAUGCGUUUUACCACUUUCUACAAAGGGAAUGUUUAAUACGGCACUAAUGCCUUUCAGCUUUUCUAGGAGUAAUAUGACUGUAGAAAAAACAAAUUGUUUCUCUUUUGAAUUGUAGGUGGCAGGUUUCCUAGUUUCAAAUCAAUCCCCAUACAGUUACUGUGUUUUUUGCCUUUUGAGUUGUUUGUGUAAUUCUUUGCUUUCAGUGCAGCAUUUAGUAAAUUACUGGAGUAGCACAUCAUUUACUUCAUUUACACUUCUAUGAUUUAUCACAAGGACUGCACAGGAGAUUAACUUAAACUGAAAAAAAGAUUUUUAAAACUGAUAGUUUAAUUUGGCCUUAAAAAGAAGGUCUGUGAAGCAUAAUUGACUGUUCAUAGUAACAUUGGAUAAUGUGUGUGUGUGUGUUUGAAUCUACAGUAAAUAUAAGCAGACAAUGAAAUUAUAUUUGACUGUGCAGUUGGCUGUUGUAUAGUGAGACUAUCAGAGGCCCAGUAUGUUUCCUGUUUAUCAAGUGGUUUUGUUACUGAACGACAUAGAUAUCUGAAGUCACUGAUGUUACAGACCCUAGCGUGUAUCAGCACAGAUUAUUGUAAUUCCAUCUCGGUGAAAUGUUUGUAGAAAACAGCAGAUUUGUUUUCAUAAUGCCCCUGCAGAAGUGAGUGUGGGAAACAAAUUUGUUAUAUUUAAAGAAAAAGAAAUUUUAAGGGAGUUGGACUUUGAAUUUUGAAUCUUUAGUGUAUUACACAUGUCAAGAGUUCCCAAAUUUAAUUUAUUAGUGAUCUAAGUCCAAAUCCUCUUGCCCUAGUUUUUCCCACACCUUUAUGCCUUGGUUUUCAUGGGAGGAAAAAAUGUGAACUAUGCACUGUCUAUUUUGUAGUGAAAUUUAUUGAUGUGAUUCUUUUAAUGAUUCCUAUACCAUUGUCUGACCCUAUGACAGACUUUUCUUUUACUGUCUGCCAUUAUAUCUUCCUAAUGUGCUUACUAAGGUUCUUCCAUUCAUUGAAGGAAAAAAAAAGGUAAAAUUCCAUUUAAAGAAAUGAGGAAAAGGCUGGUUUUGAGGUCUGGCCUGAAGGAGUUUGCAUUCUCAUUGUACUUUUGUGAUUAUCUCUUAUACAAGGGACCUCUCUGUGCCAGGAGUGCAGGAUCAUUGGAACUAUGCUUAUAGAAGUGCAAUGGAGUUAUGAAAAAUACUAGCUUCAGUAGUAAAAACAGCAUAAGACUUAAUCUCUAUAUGAUGUGUCCUACACAGGUUUAUAUUUAGGCAUGAUACUCACACCCUAGGUAGUUUCAGAACUGGAAUCCCUAAAUAUACAGCAAUUAAAGUAUGUGUUUAUAUGGAUGAUUAUACCAUCAGUCUCACACAGCAAUGCAGGGAAGUGGGCACAGGGAGGUGCUUCACUGCCAUUUCAGGAUGUAACUAUGAAAUGAACAUUUAGGCAGAAUUUUUCAGAUUCGCCGAAGAGACUCGAGGAGCCCUUGAACUCCCCAGGAGUCCUUCAACUCCCCGGAGCGAAUGGGAAAGCUCCACCCGAGGGUUCCCCAGAUGGGAGGGUAGUGCGGUGGGGGAAGCUCUCCGUGAUGCUCCAGCGUGGAGCCUCUCUCGCAGUGCCAGAGCAGCAGCUGCUCGAGUGCAGACACUCAUCCUGCAGGUUUUCAGGAUGGUAACUCCAAAUUUUAAGACCUGAUGCAGUUUUUGUGUCAUGGAGAUUCUCUGUCAUCUGCGAGAGACUACAAGCUCCGAGUUCACCGCCACAGCUGAGAGUGUGUGCAAAGAGAGCGGUUUCGUGAUGCGUGCUUACCAAAUCAGUGGAAGGAAGAAUGACGGCAGUAUUUAAAUGCUAAUAAACAAGGUAUGUGUCAGUGCACACUAAUGUAGGCUAUGUAAUUAGUCUACAUAUAAAAUUAAGUGUAUUGCAAAGCUCACAAAAAGUGCUGGUUUCCAUCACAUAGACUUUGUAUAUGGGCAGAGAACAAAUCCGUUACGAGUGUUUUUUAAUCUUGGCUGACAAAUUUGUGAUUUGUAAGAGCACUUUUUGCAACUUUAAUUCUAUCCAGUUUGACUAAGCUAUGAAUAAUUAUAUGGGUUGUAUGACAGGGUAGAAUUUUUAUCUUUGGUAAAAUUGGUUUUAGUGACUCUGGUGAAAAUAGUUUUUAUUGCCUUUGAAGUACAGCUUAUUCCAACUUGUGAUCAUUUUGCUGCUGGUUGGUUUGGUUGGGGCUUUUUUCCAACUUGCUGACUAAGAUUUGAGUGACCUAAUUGUGUUGUUGGAAGAAGUGCUAGGUAAAAGACUCUGUUAACUGUAUUCAAUAGUUACUUGGUUGAUAUGUUCUUUGAAGUAUUCACAGUAUAAGAGAUUACUCUUGCACGUUAGUUCGUUUUUUGUUUUGUUUUGGGUUUGGUUUUUUGGUGUUAUGUCAUUCCAGAAUGCACAUUUCUGGAGGAUCCUAUUUAGGCCCAUUCCACUUCAUCUUGCCAGAAAACAGCUUAUUCAAACUUCCUCUUAAUUAGUGCUUUUUCUUCACAAAAAUAAUCAGUAGGGAAAUCACAUUUCCCCAAUUUGAACAUAAUACUUUGAGUCAGCAAAUCAAAUAUUCAGUUUAAUAUAGCUGAAUAUUGAACCGAAGUUCUAAAUAGGAGUGCAUGGUUUACCAUAGUUCUUUGUUUCUGUUUGGCUUUCUGGCAGAACCAUGAAUGAAUUUGGGUGGGAUUUGUAGAGUGCUGAGUAUGCCAGGACUGUUACAACACCUACUUUAUAUGAUUGCUUUAAUUCUUGGUGUUCAUCCCUUAUAUGACACUUAAUAUGUUUAUCUUUGUAAGUUUAUUUAUUGAUGUUCCAUGUUUUUAAACAAUGUGUUCAUUCAUGUUUGAGGUGAUUAAUUUUGUCAGCAUUGCAUUUAUUAUGUUUGCCUUACCCCUCAGUGCAUUAAAUAUUUGUGUAUGCAACCGUCCGGGGGGGGUUUUUUGCCAGAAUUCCUGGGUUUGUUUGCAUUUUAUUCAGUACAUUUUGUUUAUUUUAAAGUGUCAGUUCUGUUUUAAUUAAUAAAUGUAAGUCAGCACCUAAUGCUAAUUUACCACUUGUUAACAAUAAAGCAAAUAUGCUAAUAAAACCUUUUGUGAUGCACAAA